AGGCAACUGACACAAAAAUGUCUUCGUUGUUCACUAUGGAAAUAUUUGUGGAAAUAACAACUGGAGAAACACUAACAAAUUAAGAAGUUAGGUUAGGCACAUAGAAACGACGGGUGUGUGUGUGUGUGUGUGUGUGAUGUGUGCGCGCGCGCGUGCAUGACGUUUUUUACGCUGUGUAAGCGUAAAUUGUAAAUGGCGAAGAUUAAUCCAGUGGAGUUGAAAAAAGAGAUGAUAUUGGAAUAACGACAAAGAUUCCGCCAAUCGCGCACAACGCGACUCUUUCAACGCCUCCGACGUUGACGAACGGAAGCUCGCGAGAGGAAAGACACUUUGCGACAAUUUUUUGACAAUUUUUUCAAAUUGCUUAUGCAAAAAUGGAAAGAUAAAUACUUUUCACAUUAAUGUAUUUUGCAUGCUUUGCCGGUGCUUUCUCGAGUAUAUAUUACAUGAUGCAUUAUGUUUUGAGUGCUACGAGGUUAACUUGGAUAUGUUAUCAAAAAUGUUGAGUGUUACUGCAAAACCGUGUUUUGGCGAGUGUUUAAAACAUCUUCGAUAUUCGUGGCCACGACAUAGAAAACAUAAUACAAUAAUUGACUCAACCAAAACUAAGCAAGAGAAUCUAGAAGCUAGACAGAAAGAAAUCAUGGCAUGUGGACUUCCAAAACGGAAACAUAUAAAGGAUGUUAAGCAAAUUUUUUUGAUUGCCUCUGGCAAGGGUGGUGUUGGGAAAUCGACAACUGCUGUGAAUUUGGCAACUGCUCUAAAAAUUAUCGAGCCGAAGAAAUCUAUUGGAUUAUUGGAUGCUGAUAUUUUCGGACCUUCUAUACCUGUGAUGAUGAACAUAUAUGAAUCACCUUUGGUAAAUCAAGAGAAUCUUAUGGAACCUCUUGUAAAUUAUGGUAUAAAAUGUAUGUCCAUGGGAUUUCUAAUUGAUGAAAAAUCACCAGUAGUCUGGAGAGGACUCAUGGUAAUGAAUGCAUUAAAUAAGUUGAUGAAUCAUGUGGCAUGGGGAUCACUAGAUUAUCUCGUAAUCGACACUCCUCCUGGGACAGGAGAUACACAUCUUUCCCUGAUUCAAUCUCUUUUUAUCACUGGAGCAUUACUGGUAACAACGCCACAAAAAGUUGCAUUAGAAGUGACUAGGAGAGGUGCAAAUAUGUUCAAAAAGUUGAAUAUACCUAUUGCUGGUAUCGUGGAAAAUAUGAGUAGUAUUACAUGUCCGAAAUGCAUGACAGAGGUACCUCUCUUUGGCAAUGCCACUCUCUCGCUAGCUAAAGAACUUGAUGUGGAUAUUUUACAAAAAAUACCAAUGCAUGAGAACAUUGCGGAAAGUUCAGACAGUGGUAAACCGAUUGUCUUGGCGGCACCAAAGAGUAAACAAGCAGAAGCUUAUAGAGAAUUAGCAGAACACGUUGUUACAUUUUUAAACAAGCAAGAAAUAAAUGACGAGUAAUAAAAGAACCUUGUAGAAAAAAAAA